AGUCGUGUCCACGGCGCCAACCGAAAAGCACGCGCGGCAGUCCUUAGAACCGGCCGGCACCCGAAUAAUGUUUCAGUGUCUGACAAACUCAAUAGGAGGUCUCGGAAGAAGUACCGUAUUUAAUUUACACUGUAUAACUAACCGCAUAUUCUUAGUGAGUGUCACACAGUGUGUACGGAAAAAACUUUGUCGAAGAUUCUGAAGAAUUCUGUGUAAAAUUGUGUAACUCGCCGGCCCCAGUCGGAUCGCGAUUUGCACAAACUUUACGACGGUGUGCGUAGGACCCAUCGCGCGCAUCGUCCUUGUGAUAAGGGGCUCUGUGAUAUCGAAAAGUUCGUCUUAGCUUUAAAACUAAGGAGGAAAUCGACGUAGUGUCCCUUGGCACAACACAUCAACCAUUACCUGGUACGACACAAGUACAUAUGGAUUCCUUUUUGCGGUCGCCAUCAUCGCAGGAACGCCAUUAUCUUCCUCAACAAACACCAAGGCCAGCUGCUAGGAAGCGUUUAGUCCCGCCGACUAGUAUACCCACAGCUUCCGUUCCGCGGCGGAGAGCUCGAGGGCCGGGGAGACGUGGACGCCGCUCAAACACAGACACAGACUCCGAAGCCGAGUCGCCUGAGAUCGAGCGUCGUUCAAUACAUAACGAUAUGGAGCGCCAGCGGCGCAUAGGCCUCAAAAACCUAUUCGAUGAACUGAAGAAGCAAGUACCCGCAACGAGAGACAAGGAGCGUGCACCGAAAGUCGUAAUACUUCGCGAGGCCGCGGCCCUAUGUCGCAAACUGCGCGAGGAGGAAUACGAAAGGGAGAACCUUAAAAAACAACAGAACAAACUUGUAACAAAGCUGAGAAAACUGCGGAUGAUGGUUUCCCGCUAUCGCACGUAUUGAACGUGCGAACUUUUGAAAUGGUGAUCGUUUUGCCUGGAGAGGCACUCCGAGAAGUCUCCACGUGACACUUGUGUGGACUCGAUAACUUCUUGUAAGUUUGACUAACGCGUAAUCAUUUCUGUAAAAUAGAAUAUGGUGAUUAUUUUGAACCUGUUGCCGUAUUUUAGUUCUUCAAGGAGUUGUCGUAAGUAUAUUGUCAGAAAUGUAGUUACAGUUUCAAUAAAUUGUAAGAUUUUACGGCUUACUCUGCUUCUGUUUGAAAGUUGGGGUAGUACUGUAGAUUUGAAGUUAGAAGUAACUGCGGGUUUGUUUUGCUCAAACGAUAUUUUGCAGUGCCAAAGUGAGCCAUAAAAUUGUUGUUAAUAAAUCCUAGGUCGUUAUAUUACCUAUCAUAAUUCAUAACAGACUGCUUUGUGAACUAGUAGACUGGUUAUACCUCAAAUGAUUUUUGAAUUAUCAUUUAAAAGUACCUUAUAUAUAUAGUUGAAAAAGCGCAUUACAGUAUAAAACCGUAUUGACUUGUAAAAAUAAAAGAAAUUGACAUUUGUUGCAUAGUUCCGAAACGUUGAAGAUGACUUUUUCAUUACUAAGAAUGAUAUACGUUUCGCAGUGUCACGACUUAACCGAUUCGAAUGGGUUUGUCAAUGCUGUACAUAGUUACUGUAGUGCCGAUAGCCGUGAAUUUAUAAGUUAGGCUGGCAGGUGGCUGUUGAAAGCUUUAUGGGAAGUUCUGGAGAUGCUGGCCACUAUAUAUGUUUUCGGCCCGGUUCGUAGGAUUUUCUAUUUCAUCCUACAUCUCGUGCGUGUUCGUGCGAGAUCAGGAUAGUGAUAUCAAAAAUAGUAAACUUGAUAUUAUGAUAAGUCUUAAGAUAUGUUAUAGGUUAGUUUUGCUUACGGUUUUUUGUAGUGUUUUUUUGUUAUUUUGUAAAUUUUAACACUUAAUGUUUUUAUAUUUAGUCAUGCCAUUAACUUUCCGAUUCCAUAUUUUAACAUCUUUGGGAUUGAAGACUUCGGACCAUUUUGACCUAUUGAAUUAAUUAUGUAUGCGUAUAAUAUAUUGCACCAACUCAAGUUAGAAAUUUUAUGUACACGACUAAUAUUAAUUUAUUUUUAUUAUAUAAAGUAUACCCUGGCGAAAGCGCGCACUUGUCAAGUGCGUUCGUUUCCGUUCGCGCUCUUUCAUCUGUCACUCGGAGUAAAAUUGCGCCACGAUCGCCACAAUGAAAAACGAAAUUAUUAAUGUGCAGCCGAAGUGUGCACUUAUUGUAUAAUAUGUAUGUCGUAAUUCACUUCGUGUAUUCGGAUACUUUAUAAUAUUUUAUUUUUAUGUUGUGAAAUAAAUUGGGCACUAAUAAAUUUGCUUUGAUCUAGCUAAAAUAGUCCAGUGACUCAAAAAACAGUGAAAUAUAAUCUCAGUGGCUAGUGUACGUUUUUUAUAUAAAUGAAAUAGACUGUGUAUUUUGAUAAUAACAUCAUAACCUACGAUUACAUAGUGGUCCGUUAAGAGUUUCAACAAAAAUAAAUAACCACGACAUAGUUCCUCAUAGUACCUACUGAUAGAAAAUUUUGCAUUUUCUUUAUUAUUAUAUAAUAUUUUAUUGCAGUAAGUUAGUGACGUACUUUCGGUACGGAUUCGAGAAUGUAUUAAGCCAGGCUAAAAGAUUUUUAACGCGCGCUGUUUUGCCAACGACAGAUUGAAAAUAAUAAUUUGGUGGCGCAUUAAAAGUUUGCUUCUCUGCCCGGGCUUUACUACAGAUUGAUGUUUUAUCAAGCACAUGGUCAGCAGAUUUGUACGCUGGAAGGCUUUAAUUGUGUGCGGAAUGUGCCUUGCUAUGUACAUAUACAUAUAUAGAUAAUAUUAGGUUUAUACUCGAAUUAGUUGCAAGAAAUAUUUUUGUGAGAUAUUAUGUAGGAGUAUAGCGUUGUUCUUAUAGUUAGUGAUACACGAGGAGGUUUAUAGUUAUCCUGUUAAAGGUUCGCAGUUUAUCUUCCACUAGGCGUUAAAUGUACAUAAUAGAUAAUAGAUCAUAGAUGUAUGUCAGUUUUUAUAAACAAGUUUUUUUUUCUACUAAUUGUUUAAUUUUUCUUAACGGGAGAGUUACGAAUUCUCGAAUGUUGUACCUGCAUUUAAUUUUUUUUUUGUUAUACUUGACAUAAAUAAUAAAGUUAAUGAUGAUUUAGUUAUGUUAAAAUUAACAUUGGUUUCUUAUUCGGUGAGAAUACAUUGUUUAAAAUUGUAGUUUGUGCAUAAGGGAAAGUCAGUAGUUAAUGUUUAAUAUAAGAGAUGACAGCUUUAUAUUCGGUAGGACAGAUCGAGAUUAUGGGAAAGUUAAUGAAUAAAUGCACAUAUUGUGACAAGGCACAUUUCCACCAUUGCCAGGUGGACAUCAUUGAUGAAAAAGAAAAUAUACAUAGCAACUCAAUUUGUAAAGUAUAUAAAUAAGGUUGGGAUGAGUAAAUAAUAGUUUAAUUUUUAUUAUAUACUUUUUCUUUGUAUAGUAUCCGUAAGUAAGGGUAACAUCUAACCGCCAUUGGGGCCAAUCGUAGGUGUAGCGAUUUUUUUAUUAACGAUUGGUAAGUUAUUUAAGAUAUCGGUCGGUAGGGUCCGACGGCGCCGGUCCCCGUGACCUCCGAUGGCGGUUACUGCACGCCACUACAGAGAGUGCAGGACGCAAAAUAAUAUUCCGCCUAACAUUAAUGUUGCACCCUGCCAUCUUUGAAGUGACGUUAGAAUUAAAGGACAUGUGUACUUACCACGUCUGAGUUAACUUGGAUACUAUUAUGACGAUGUGAAAAGUUCUUUGGUUUUUGUUCCUUAAUUAUGUGUAUCAAAACGCUAAGAUUAUCAUUAAAUAUGGAAAUAAACGAUAAAGCCAGUCCGGGACAGAGCCGAGAAACUGUUGGCUAUUCGAUUGUGAUUUUUAUACAUUUCGGUAUAAUUUUAUUGGGUUUUAUGGCUACUAAAUUAGUGUUCUGUGAUUUUAUAUGUACCUGUGCGGUACGUCGGGGUAUUGUUUUGAAUGCUCUGUCCUUGAUGGUGG